CAAUGCGUUACUUCAAAUUCAAAGGGUUCCAUUUGUUGAUCUUUUUCCAUGUCUUGGCUGCAACUCCAGUCUUCUCAUCAUCAGAUUUCUCAAACCAACUCUCCACAAACUUUCUAGAUAUUGCCAAGAAGGCUGAAGUAUUUGAUUGGAUGGUCAAAAUCAGAAGGAAGAUUCAUGAGAAUCCAGAAUUGGGUUAUCAGGAAUUUGAGACAAGUAAACUCAUUAGAGAGGAAUUGGAUAAACUUGGUAUCCCCUAUAAACACCCUGUUGCUGUCACUGGUGUUAUUGGCUUCAUUGGAACAGGAACCUCACCUUUUGUUGCAAUAAGAGCUGAUAUGGAUGCUCUUCCCAUUCAGGAACUGGUGGAGUGGGAGCACAAGAGUAAAGUACCUGGAAAGAUGCACGCGUGUGGUCAUGAUGCUCAUGUCACUAUGCUUCUUGGUGCAUCACCAAAUCAAUGA